AAGAGGUGAACUCCCUCUAAAUCAUGACAUGUAUGUAAUGUUGUAGGCCCAUGUCUGGAGGCUACAAGAGCGUCCAAAAAUCCAAGUAAUCCGAUUUUUUUUCUCAGCUCAGAUAAACUUGUGGAAAAGCUGCCCUGAUUUGGAUUGGUUUUGGCUUGUGGGGACCUAAAUGUGAAUGCUGGUGUGACUUUUCUUACCAACACCAACGUAACGUUCUCCUAAUUAUAUAACAAUGUACUGGGCAAACGUUAUGAAGGUUUACCUCGGGUCACUUUUUAAUCCAUAGGACGUUGUAUAUUGUGUUAAAACAUUAUUUGAUUUCCUUAUGUCCUACCUAUAAUGUAUUAGAGUUAGAGUGAGCACAUUCUUUAACAUAUUCUGGUGUGAUAUGUGUGGGGGAACAUGAUAAUUCGAUCAUGUCUUGCGUUAUCUUAUCUCAAAUCUCAUACAAAGUCUGCUGUGUGAUCGAGGCGUGGAAUUGGAACAGUUGGCCAGUCACGUCCAACGGGGAAACGGGAUUUAGCAGUGUUUAGCUUGAUUGUUGAGUCGUUAGAGAUGGUAUGUAGACAUCAAAGGGUUUUAAGGAUAUGAGACCACUCGGGAGAAACCGCUGAUCGCCCCUAAUGACAUCAGGGAAUCCCAUUGCGAUUCGAGUGAUCAGUAGUGACACCAAUCAUGGGCAGCAAAACUCUUCCAGCCCCGGUUCCCCUCCACCCCUCUCUGCAGCUGGCCAACUACUCCUUCCUCCAGGCCUCCAAUGGCUUCCAGCUGCCCACGGACCAGGUCCCUGGCAUCUAUAGCUUCAGCGCCCUGCACGCCAUCCACCUCCACCAGUGGACCCUGGGCUACCCUCCCUUUGGGGUUCCCCGUUGUACUUUCUCCAAGCUCCCAGCCCUGAUGGACGGCCGCUUCCCCAGCUUGCCUUCCAUCCCUAUCUUCCCCCACCUGGUCCAGCACAAGGACCAGGCCACUGCGGCCGCCACAGCAGCUACCGCCAUGAAUCUCCUUCAGGGCUCCAAGAACAAGCCCCAGCCACGCUUCGACUUCGCCAACCUGGCCACCGCCGCCACCCAGGAGGACCCGUUGAAGGCAGAGGACCUGAGCAUAACAGGGGCGGCCGCCGCCACUUCUCCUCGCCAUGGCGGGCUAGGCUGUCUCAUAGAUGUAGCCAAGCUGUCGUCGCCCGAGCGCAAGCCUAGCCGUGGUCGCCUUCCCUCCAAGACCAAGAAGGAGUUUGUGUGCAAGUUCUGCGGCCGCCACUUCACCAAGUCCUACAACCUGCUUAUCCAUGAGCGGACGCACACGGACGAGAGGCCGUACACCUGUGACAUCUGCCACAAGGCUUUCCGGAGGCAGGACCACCUCCGAGACCACAGGUACAUCCAUUCCAAAGAGAAGCCCUUCAAGUGCCAGGAGUGUGGAAAGGGAUUUUGUCAGUCCAGAACUCUAGCUGUCCACAAAACGCUGCACAUGCAGGUGAAGGAACUAAAGCCAUCCAAGAUUAAGUGAUGUCAAUACCUAAAAAAGAGACUAGGGGACACUGGAAACAAUAACGGUGAAGACUAUAAAGGAGAACAAGACAAAAUGACCAAAGACAGGGGACAUUGUGGAGCUGACUAAAGACAGGGGACAUUGUGGAGCUGACUAAAGACAGGGGACAUUGUGGAGCUGACCAAAGACAGGGGACAUUGUGGAACUGACUAAAGACAGGGGACAUUGUGGAGCUGACCAAAGACAGGGGACAUUGUGGGGCUGACCAAAGACAGGGGACAUUGUGGAGCUGACUAAAGACGGGGGACAUUGUGGAGCUGACCAAAGACAGGGGACAUUGUGGAGCUGACCAAAGACAGGGGACAUUGUGGAGCUGACUAAAGACGGGGGGACAUUGUGGAGCUGACCAAAGACAGGGGACAUUGUGGAACUGACCAAAGACAGGGGACAUUGUGGAACUGACUAAAGACAGGGGACAUUGUGGAGCUGACUAAAGACGGGGGGACAUUGUGGAGCUGACCAAAGACAGGGGACAUUGUGGAGCUGACCAAAGACAGGGGACAUUGUGGAGCUGACCAAAGACAGGGGACAUUGUGGAGCUGACCAAAGACAGGGGACAUUGUGGAGCUGACCAAAGACAGGGGACAUUGUGGAGCUGACCAAAGACAGGGGGACAUUGUGGAGCUGACCAAAGACGGGGGGACAUUGUGGAGCUGACCAAAGACAGGGGACAUUGUGGAGCUGACCAAAGACAGGGGACAUUGUGGAGCUGACCAAAGACAGGGGACAUUGUGGAGCUGACCAAAGACAGGGGACAUUGUGGAGCUGACCAAAGACAGGGGACAUUGUGGAGCUGACCAAAGACAGGGGACAUUGUGGAGCUGACCAAAGACAGGGGGACAUUGUGGAGCUGACUAAAGACAGGGGACAUUGUGGAACUGACUAAAGACGGGGGGGACAUUGUGGAGCUGACCAAAGACGGGGGGACAUUGUGGAGCUGACCAAAGACAGGGGACAUUGUGGAGCUGACCAAAGACAGGGGACAUUGUGGAGCUGACCAAAGACAGGGGACAUUGUGGAGCUGACCAAAGACAGGGGACAUUGUGGAGCUGACCAAAGACAGGGGACAUUGUGGAGCUGACUAAAGACAGGGGACAUUG